UUGUAAUAUUAUAAAAUAAAUUAAGCUUCAAAAUUAUCGUUUUAUUUCAAUAUUAAUCAUCAUCGAUUUCCAAAUUCCAACUGACGGACUGUCAUUGUAUUACUGUCAUCUUCGAAGGACAUGUUAUUGCUCGGCGAAGUAUUUUUUUAAAUCGCAAGAAAAAUAAAUUACGAAUAAUAAAAUGGGUCGCCUGAACCUUCUGACAAUAUUUUCAUUGUCUUCUAAGAAUUAUUCGAAAUCGUGCUACGUUAGCCAACUAAGGCGUAAUUUAUCAACCGAAAAUAAAUUUAACAUAAAAACUGAAUAUGAUGGCAGACCGCUCUAUCUUGAUGCCCAAGCCACAACACCUCUGGAUCCAAGAGUUCUUGAUGCCAUGCUACCAUAUUUGACAUCAUAUUACGGUAAUCCUCAUUCGAGAACUCAUGCUUAUGGUUGGGAAAGUGAAGCGGCAGUAGAAAAAGCUAGAGAGCAAAUUGCAACAUUGAUUGGUGCCGAACCUAAAGAAAUAAUAUUUACUUCUGGUGCAACAGAAUCUAAUAAUAUAUCAAUAAAAGGUGUGGGAAGGUUCUAUGGACAAAGAAAGAAACAUAUCAUAACAACACAAACGGAACACAAAUGUGUGUUAGAUUCAUGCAGGGCUCUUGAAGGUGAAGGUUUCAAAGUUACAUACUUGCCCGUAAAAACCAAUGGAAUCAUUAAUAUGGAAGAUCUCGAUAAAGCUAUCACUCCAGAAACUUCAUUAGUUUCUAUAAUGUCUGUCAACAAUGAAAUUGGGGUAAUUCAACCUAUAGCAGAAAUUGGUGCAUUAUGCAAAUCACGUAGAGUGUUUUUUCACACUGAUGCAGCUCAAGCUGUAGGAAAAAUUCCCUUGGAUGUGAAUAAAAUGAAUAUAGAUUUGAUGUCUAUUUCUGGGCAUAAGAUUUAUGGUCCUAAAGGUGUUGGUGCAUUAUAUGUUAGAAGACGGCCCAGGGUUCGAGUCGAAGCUAUACAAAGUGGUGGAGGUCAAGAAAGAGGUUUAAGAAGUGGUACUGUUCCUACUCCAUUAGCUGUUGGAAUGGGUCAGGCCUGCGAAAUAGCUUCUAGAGAAAUGGACUAUGAUCACAAAUGGAUGGUUCAUCUUUCCACAAGAUUGAUAGAUAAAAUAUGUGGAGAAUUGCCUCAAGUGAUAAGGAAUGGUGAUCCAGAUCAAUCUUACCCUGGCUGCGUAAAUUUAUCUUUUGCAUAUGUAGAAGGAGAGAGUUUAUUAAUGGCAUUAAAAGACAUUGCUUUGUCGAGUGGUUCUGCUUGCACAUCAGCAUCUUUAGAGCCUUCUUAUGUGCUUAGAGCCAUUGGAACAGAAGAAGAUUUGGCACACAGUUCCAUAAGAUUUGGUAUCGGUCGAUUUACAACCAUAGAAGAAAUUGAUUAUACAGCUGAUAAAUGCAUUAAACAUGUACAAAGAUUGCGCGAAAUGAGUCCACUAUGGGAGAUGGUUCAAGAAGGAAUUGAUUUAAAAAACAUCCAGUGGUCACAGCAUUAAUUAUUUUUUGGAAAGAUAUUUCAUAUUUGAAUGAAGUAGUACUGUUAUAUAAUGCACAUUAUGUUAUGUACAAUAGCACUCAUUUGACCUUUUUGUUUCAAUGUGCAAAUCUUCAAAUUAAUGUGGUAUAUUAAUGG